UGGAACUUCAAGCAUGAUGGCACUCUCAACUAAAUACAACUUUGCAAGUGUCAAGAAAUUCAUUGCGAGUGAUACCGAGUGGAAAGUGGAUACGGGUGUACAUUCGACUGUACACAAUGACACGAAAUGAUACCAUUAUUACGAAGAUGGAACAUGUGGAAGAGAGUUUAAAAGAUACCUUAUACAGAGUCGAAAUAAUCGAGAGAAAACUUAAGACGAAAUUACUCACUACAGAAAAUCGAGAGAAAUUGGAGAACGAGCUGGAGGAAGUCAAGGAAGUUCUCAGACGAAAUGAAAAGGAGUUGCAAAAUUUAAGAAAGGAAAACUCAAAGUCCUUUAUGAUAGCAGCAUGCUUAGUCUUUGUGUGUUUCCUUAUUUACGGAACAUAUUUGUUGAUUUUUGGAAAUAUUUAACACCUGUAAAAAAUUUAUAUUUAUUUAUUUAUUUUUUGUAAGUUUUUAAUAUGUUGUACAUCUGUCAGGAUCACAAUUUACAAAUUGUCAAUUAUGUCAGGCUUUAUAAUAUAUACAUUGAAUUUAUUUUAUAAAAUGUAUGUGAAAAUGAAAAAAAAACUUUAAUUUUGAUA